AUGGCAAGCAAGAAGACCCGCGCGCGUAAAGCUCACGAUGGAAUACGGCUGAGCUCACUUUCGCCUGAGAAACGAGGGCCUGGCAGCCAUGGAGCAGCGUGGGGGCAAAACAAUAACGUGGCGGAGCUCGCAACCGUCUUCGCCUACAAGGAGAUUCCGAAGGAGGUGCUGGUCGGCACUGAUCUAGAUUUGUCGGUUUGGUCCGUGGUGGCGUCCGAUGCGUGCUUGAUGCGUCUUGGGCACAAUUGUCCGGGCUAUCGAAUCUCCAGCCCAACGUAUAUUCGACCACAGUUCAACCUGCAGUCAAAUCAGCUCGCCGACUUGCUCUCCUCAGCUGUGCCAGCUGCAGCCAAUGCUGCUUUCAACGAUGCAUCGACUGUGGCGCUGCCAAAGCAGCAAUCGAUCAUUCGACUAAACCUUGCGGGCUCAGAUCAGAUUACAGAUAAAACUGCGCACUUGAUCGCCACCGCGUGCCCCGACCUAAAGUUUCUCAGUCUUGAAAGAGCUGUGAAGUUGACAGAUGCCGGCAUUCUUCACAUCGCGAGUUGUUGCCGUAACCUGGAAUCACUCAACCUCAGCUACGUGACAGCGCUGCAAAGCCCAUCUCUAAGCUGCAUCGGAGAGCUUCGACUCCCCUUACGGUCUCUUGCGAUUGCUGGCUGUAUUCGAGUGCCAGACUUUUCGCUGCUUCGGCUCUUUCAAGCUUGUCCCACGCUGGAAUCCCUCGAUCUCUCCUUCUGUGCUAGCGUGACCGACAACGUUUUAUUAUCUCUGGGAAAGAACUGCAGCAAACUCCGACAGUUAAAGCUUCGAGGUUGCCGCCAGAUUUCCGACACUGGCGUGGUGGCUCUAGCGAACUCGGGAGGC